UGGCAACUGUAGCGCGCGAUCUCAGUUUCAGGAACUCUACUGUUGUCAUAUUGAAAAUUCGAUUCAUUGGUAACUUCACCUGGAAUAUCAUGCUUCAAAGGGAAGAUGGUUCAUAGAACUUCGUCUCUUUUUGACUAGCUUCAACUAAAAGCCUUAUUGGACGGACAUAAAACAGCAAGUUAUGGAGAAAAGACCUAUAAGUUUGUGCAAACUCCUUUGUUGUCAAGGACGAAGAAGCCAAAAAAGUGUAUUUGUGAUAUUUGUAAUUGGUUUGAUAUAUUUAUUAUUUAUUUUAAACGGGGAAGCAAUUCAUCGACACCAUGUCCUUAAUAGGACAAAAUGUUUUCAGAACUUCUUAUCCAAUCAAAAAUGUACAUAUUUUAAUGAAAACAUACGGAGGAUCUCAACAGAGAGAAUAAUUGAAGGUAGUGAAAGGCAACCUGUUAUGAGUUCGGGAAGAACUUUGACGAUAAACAUAGCUGUGCAAGGUACUAACUUAACAAAGCUGUCAAGUAAAACUUCAAGUGAUCUAAAACAUACACAUUUUACCGAAAAUACGGAAAACGAUUUUACAAAAAUCACAUUAAAACCUAACUUUUCACAAAUGAUAAAUGCAUCGCAACAAGUAACAACAAUUAGCGCUCCAUACCUAUUGCAGAACAAAAACCUUUGCUCGUCCGUCAAAAACUUGUCUACAUUGAUAAUAGUGCAUACAGCAUGUGACCAUUUUACGAGGCGACAACUGGCAAGGCAAACUUGGGCCAACCACACAUUUUAUACAACAAUUGGGGAGUUUAGAAUACUGUUUCUUUUAGGAAAACCCAAGUCUGAAACAAUACAAAAAAUGAUACGUGAUGAAAGUGAAAAAUAUGAAGACGUUCUACAGGGCAACUUCAACGAUACUUAUCAUAAUUUGACGUUGAAAGGAGUAAUGGCAUACAAAUGGUUAUCUGAGAGAUGCAAAAACGCAAAAUUUAUUUUGAAAAUUGAUGAUGACAUAGUAGUUGAUUUAUUUAAGGUUUUCGUGGACAUAUUGCCGAAAUAUUCUACCCUCAAGCGUCAGAUUGUUUGCAAUCAUAUAUAUAAAGAUACAAUGCCUAUUAUAAGAAAGAACAAUAGCAAAUGGUUUGUCCACCAUAGACAUUUUAGAGGAAGAAAUGCGUAUCCUACAGAUUAUUGUUCUGGCUUUAUGAUUUUAUUUACAAAUGACUUAAUGCCGUUGUUUUUCAGCUCUUCUAAAGUUACACCAUUUUUCUGGGUCGACGAUGUGUAUUUGUAUGGCCUAGUGCCGGGCAAUGUUCCCGGUGUAAAAUAUUCCUCAUUUCAGGGACAAUGGCAUAUGUUGGACGGGCAAAAGGCGUUGAGAUGCUACAGGAACGCUACAAGAAACUGUGAUUACCUGGCUAUUGGAGGCGGUGGAAAAGCAGAAACAGAAGACAUCUGGAGUCACAUUGUGAAACGUUACUUUCUUUCAAUAUUAGCAAGGAAACAUUGAAAUGUUUUCAAUACAUAUUUAGUUAUUUUGAUCAAUAUUGAAACAUUUAAUGCAUUGCCGAAAAUAUCUUAAAUAUCUACCCAAGGUAAUGCAAUAACGUAUCACAUGUCUUAUAGGAACUCAGGGUUAUAUAUAUAGACAAUUUCUUAGAAACAAUUUGCAAAAAAAAAAAGAUAUUAAAACCUAAACAAGUGAUAGAAUGAUGGACGGUAGUAUUAUAUUUUUUUCUCAGUUUCUAAUAAAACUGUUCUAUACUUACUAUAACAAAUAACACAGCGUCCGAACGUGAUAUUUCAUUACUUGUACAUAUAAGUGAUAUAUUUAAGUAUUAUCAAAUAAUAAUAUUCAAUGUGGCUUAGGGCUUGCCUUUAUUGGUUAAGGCCAAGAAAUUGCAGCAAUAUCACUCUCGCCCCUUAGCACCGGCUUGAGCGAUACUCAAUAAAAGGCGACUACGUGGGUUUGAAUGACUGGAUAUUAUGCGUCUCCUUGCUCAUGCAGUUGAGGUGGUCUUGGCCCCUGGUGUUGCUUUGCAAUUUGUUACACCCAAAGUUAGUCGCAUUUUUUGCCGUAUCCGAGAUUAGCGCCAUAAUACCUAUCCUGUGUUGCUUCGCCGUAAAACCAACCACACAAAUAAUUAAAUUAUUACUUUGCUGAAACGCUUAAAUUUGUACUUUUUAAAUUAAGAUGAAAGAAGCUGAAUUAAAAGGAAGUCCGAGCGUUAGCUUUCCUAUAUUUUGCAAAAGUUAUUAUACUAUUAAUUAUAUCAUGUCAACAUUUUAUAACAAAUUUGGUCAUUCUGAAAGCUCUUUGUUUUAUUUUACAAAUUUUCUGUAUGUCUCUACGAAUUAUCAGGAUAACGCAUUUCUUUUAUUGUGAAGCUCAUAUGUUGCAUUCAAUUAUGUUUAUAUUACAUAGCUAGAAUAUAUAUUUUUGUGAAAAUUAAAUUUUAUUAAUUAUUUCUGUCAAAAAUAAAAUAUCAGGUUUUCUGUUAUUGUUGUAUAUGCUUAAUAUGUUCGUAUUGUUACUGAAAUGAAUUCGAAAAAUAAAUUAGU